CCUAGCAUUUCGCCUCCUCGGCUGCAACGGAUUCCGAGCUUUUAAUCCGUCAUCAAUGGCGGGAAACGAGAACGCGUGCGAUGGGGAAGAAGAUUACAUGGGCGAUCUCUCCCUCUUCCUCCCGCCAGAAGUCUCUACUUCCUCCUCGUCCUCCACCUCCAAAAAGAAACCCCUUGUCAAGACUCAACCACCUCAAAUCCCUAAAGCAAAGAAACUCAAAGGCCUUAAUUGGCAAGAACGGCGGAAACUUGAGAGAGAGCAGAAGCAAAGAGAAGAGGAUGAGCGAACCCUAGCUGGGCUAGAAUCGGCGAUCCCUGAGUCAAACAUAGGGUUCAAGAUGCUAAAGAACAUGGGUUACAAUCCCGGCUCCGCACUUGGGAAGGGUGGGGUUGGACGGUCGGAACCAGUGGGGCUUGACAUCAGACGGUCGAGAGAAGGGAUUGGUACACGGGAAGAGGCAAAGAGGACAGAGAGAGUUAAGGAGGUAAGGCAGAGGAGGAAUGAAGAGGAAUUGAUGGAGGAGUUUGGAUCAAGGAAGAAGAAUCAGUGGAGAAAUAAGAGGAUUUUUUGGGACUAUAAGAAGGCAGAGGGCGCACUAGCUCAGUUGGAGAAUAGGGAAAUUGUUGAGCCUGAGAAGGAUGCCAAUGAUGAGGAGAAGGUAGAGGAAGAACAGGAGGAAGAGGAGAUCACAGAGGAGGAUCUGAAUGACAUUUUGAUGAAGCUGAGAGUCGAACACCGAUACUGCCUCUACUGUGGAUGCCAGUAUGAAUCCGCGGAGGCACUGGAAGUCAAUUGCCCUGGAUUGUAUGAAGAUGACCACUAGAUCUCAGUCCUGACUGACUUGGUUCGCAUGAUAUACUUUGUGUAAAUUGUAUGUAUGGAAACACUUGGGCGUCUAAUGUACAAUCAUGCAGAAACCUUUGAUAUUCCAGAUCUUUUUUUUUGGAAUAGGAUGACACACUUUGUAAGCAAAUCCCCAGUUUUCGUUCUCUAUCUCUCUCCUCCUGGCAAUUUAGUUCAUUUCUAGAGUUCCACUGUUAUGUUUGAAUUUAUUAUGAUUUUGAGGGGCAACUGGCAAGCAUAGUAGCUUUUAUUGUUCAUCAUUUUCUUGAUCUCCAUCUGACUAAUCUCUUGAUCACUACCAACUCCACCAUCUAAUUCCUCUUCCGUCAUUUGGAUCUAUUUUUCUCUUUUGUUCCUUUGAUUAAAACUAUUUAGUUUUCAUCCAUCGGUUUACUUCUUCACCAUUCUAAUAG